AUGCCAGGAGUGAUCAGCCCGGGAGAAUUUCCCAAUGAGCCCAUUUUCGUGCAACUUCUCAAAGUCUCUGGUGAAGUCAGCCAUGUGAUUGUUCAAGAUCCUCAAACCGACAUCCAAGCAAACUACGGCCAAUUUCUUGCGGACUUGCUUCAAACCCGUAAAGGUUUACGAGAAUCGAUCCCGGAGUCGAUUUUGGAUAGGAAUAGCCUACUCCGAGACGAUAAGCCGUACAUUUUCCUUUUGACCGACGGCAAUUAUAAUUUCGUUGUCGGUGCGUUUUCUAUUCUCUCUGUCGGGGGAGCUUUCGUGCCGUUAUCGACAAAAGUUUUACCAGAAGAGGCACUGCACUUUUCUCGUCAAUGCAAAUCAGCAGUGAUUUUAACGAGUAGGGAAUACCUGCCUUUAGCACGUGAAGUCCAACGAUAUGCCACUGCUCAGGGUAUUGAAUGGACAGUGGUCGAGAUUUGCAUCAAGGCUUCACCAUCACUUGAUCUCUCUGCGUCUCCUCUCCGGAUCGACGAGAGUGCCACGAUUCCUCCACGCAGACCCGGUAUGGUAUUAUUUACUUCCGGCACCAGCGGACCUCCCAAAGGCGUAGUGCACUCCCGAAGCAUUUUUUACGAGGCUCACACCCGCAGUUCACCAAGUCAGGUUAGUCUAUCCCAUCGACAUCAUCUAUGGAUUGGAGGCGCGAUGCCUAUGAUCAGGCUCCCUCUGGCCGGGGCGCGACUUGAGGUGAUUAAUCCUGAUGCUGGGGUUUUGUGGGAACGUCUUCGCGAAGGCGGUGUUACUAUUUUAACGGGAACUCCACGUCUUUGGAGCCAGAUGAUGGAAUAUUUCCAGACCCGUCUCCAAAGCCUUCCGCUCUCCGAACUGGAAGUAUACAUAUCCGGAGCCCGGGAAUUGCGCGUUGCCCACGUUGGAGGAGGAAUACCACAUCGCUCCUUAUUGCGAUUUUGGAGAGAGAACUUACGUAGACCGCUUACGGUUGAGUAUGGAGCCACAGAGCUUGGCGGGCUGGGGCUGAAGUGCACACCUAAUACCCCCAUCGACAUCGAGCGUUGUAUUGGAAGACCUCACCCAAAGAUUGCCGUACGGCUCUCCGAUGGGAACCAUGGAGAGCUUCAAAUCAAAAGUGCCAACCUAUUUUCUCAUUAUUUAGGAGACGAGGCAGCUACUAAAGCUGCGUUUACUGAGGACGGGUACUACAAAACUGGGGACGUGGCCCAUGUUGUGGGAGACGAUUAUGUCUUUGAUGGCCGACUCUCAACCGAAUUUACCAAGUUUCGGGGCUGGCAAAUUUCCAUUCUUGAGGUAGAAUUGCGUCUUCUAGAGCUUCCUUUCAUUCGCGAAGGCUGUAUUCUCGGGGCCCCAGAUCCAAAUAAUGGUACGCGAUUGGCAGCUCUCGUCCGAUUCACAAGGCCCAACACGAUUUCAGUGUGUGCCUGUACCAAUGAACUUCAGCCCUCGCUGCGGUCCCUCAGAGAAUCUCUCGCGGUUGAUCUUCCGGUGUAUAUGCUACCGACCGCAUUACGGGUCCUGGGUGAUGAAGAAGAGAUUCCCCGGACAGCUUCACACAAGGUCAUCCGAUCCAAAGCAAUCGAGCAGUACUUCCAACUAACUGAUAGUGGAGAGAUUGUUGAGUCUGCAGAGCUCUGGGAUCUUGACACAAAUGAGUCCCUCGGGCCGCGAAAAAUUUGGGAUUGGGGUGGCCUUUAA